CCUGGGAGCCAUCUCUCAUCUCUGACAGAGAUGACUGUGGAUUUACAUCUCUUACCAGACAUUCCCAGAAAAAGCACAGCCUGAUACACCAUUGGUUUUGUGAGUUUGGAUUUCCCAUCAUCCAUUCCUUGCUGUCUUCUUUCUGGACCUACUGUGAUUCUUCAGCCUGUACCUGUUUGGAGUUCAUUUGGGCCUGGAGUAUUUCCUCUCUUUAGUCUCCUGCUCCCACCCUGAGUGCUGAAGCCAGGGUGAUGUUGGGCUGCAAAGCUGAAGAGGGAAGGUGAAUGAGCCACAGUGUCCACUUAGAACCCACAGCCAAGUCUUGGCAACUUAUCCGUGCUUUGCAGUGUCGAGGUGGUCAAGAGCCCUGUGUAAAUGAAGGGACGUGUGUUACCUACCACAAUGGCACAGGCUACUGCCGAUGUCCAGAGGGCUUCUUGGGAGAAUAUUGUCAACAUCGAGACCCCUGUGAGAAAAACCGCUGUCAGAAUGGUGGUACUUGUGUGACACAGGCCAUGUUGGGGAAAGCUACCUGCCGAUGUGCUCCAGGGUUCACGGGAGAGGAUUGCCAAUACUCGACCUCUCACCCCUGCUUUGUGUCCCGCCCCUGUCAGAAUGGGGGCACCUGCCACAUGCUCAGCCGGGACACCUACGAGUGCACCUGCCAAGUCGGUUUCACAGGGAAGCACUGUCAGUGGGCAGAUGCCUGUUUGUCUCAUCCCUGCGAAAAUGGAAGCACCUGUACCUCUGUGGCCAGCCAGUUCUCCUGCAGAUGUCCUGCAGGCAUCACAGGCCAGAAGUGUGAAGCUGAUAUCAAUGAGUGUGACAUUCCAGGACUCUGCCAACAUGGUGGCACCUGCCUCAACCUUCCUGGUUCUUACAGAUGUCAGUGCCCCCAGGGCUUCACAGGCCAGCACUGUGACAGCCCUUAUGUGCCCUGUGCACCCUCGCCCUGUGUCAAUGGAGGUACCUGCCGUCAAACUGGUGACUUCACUUUUGAAUGCAACUGUCUGCCAGGUUUUGAAGGAAGCACCUGUGAGCGGAAUAUUGACGACUGCCCUAACCACAAGUGUCAGAAUGGAGGGGUUUGUGUGGAUGGCGUCAAUACUUACAACUGCCGCUGCCCCCCUCAGUGGACCGGGCAGUUCUGCACAGAAGAUGUGGAUGAGUGUCUGCUACAGCCCAAUGCUUGUCAGAAUGGAGGCACCUGCACCAACCGCAACGGAGGCUACGGCUGCGUGUGCGUGAACGGCUGGAGCGGGGAUGACUGCAGCGAGAACAUCGAUGACUGUGCCUUUGCCUCCUGCACACCAGGGUCCACCUGCAUUGACCGUGUGGCCUCCUUCUCCUGCCUGUGUCCGGAGGGAAAGGCAGGUCUCCUGUGUCAUCUGGAUGAUGCCUGUAUCAGCAACCCUUGUCACAAGGGGGCGCUGUGUGAUACCAACCCCCUGAAUGGGCAAUACAUUUGCACCUGUCCACAGGGCUACAAGGGCGCUGACUGCACUGAAGACGUGGAUGAGUGUGCUAUGGCCAACAGUAACCCUUGUGAGCAUGCAGGAAAGUGUGUGAAUACAGAUGGUGCCUUCCACUGUGAGUGUCUGAAGGGCUACGCAGGGCCUCGCUGUGAGAUGGACAUCAACGAGUGUCAUUCAGACCCCUGUCAGAACGAUGCCACCUGCCUGGAUAAGAUCGGAGGCUUCACCUGUCUGUGCAUGCCAGGUUUCAAAGGUGUGCAUUGUGAACUGGAGGUCAAUGAGUGCCAGAGCAACCCGUGUGUAAACAACGGGCAGUGUGUGGACAAAGUCAAUCGCUUCCAGUGUCUGUGUCCCCCUGGCUUCACAGGACCCGUGUGUCAGAUCGACAUUGAUGACUGCUCCAGCACUCCCUGCCUGAACGGGGCCAAGUGCAUCGACCACCCGAACGGCUAUGAGUGCCAGUGUGCCACGGGUUUCACUGGCAUGUUGUGUGACGAGAACAUCGACAACUGUGACCCAGAUCCUUGCCACCAUGGUCAGUGCCAGGAUGGGAUUGACUCGUACACCUGCAUCUGCAACCCUGGGUACAUGGGAGCCAUCUGUAGUGACCAGAUUGACGAGUGCUACAGCAGCCCUUGCUUGAAUGAUGGGCGCUGCAUUGACCUGGUGAAUGGCUACCAGUGUAACUGCCAACCGGGCACAUCAGGUCUUAAUUGUGAAAUUAAUUUUGAUGACUGUGCCAGCAACCCUUGUAUGCAUGGAGCCUGUGUGGACGGCAUCAAUCGUUACAGUUGUGUGUGCUCUCCGGGAUUCACAGGGCAGAGGUGCAACAUUGACAUUGAUGAGUGUGCCUCCAACCCCUGUCGUAAGGGUGCGACGUGCAUCAAUGAUGUGAAUGGUUUCCGGUGUAUAUGCCCCGAGGGACCGCAUCAUCCCAGCUGCUACUCACAGGUGAACGAGUGUUUGAGCAAUCCCUGCAUCCACGGAAACUGUACCGGAGGUCUCAGUGGCUAUAAGUGUCUCUGCGAUGCAGGCUGGGUUGGUGUCAACUGCGAAGUGGACAAAAAUGAGUGUCUUUCUAACCCAUGCCAGAAUGAAGGAACCUGUAAUAACUUGGUGAAUGGCUACAGGUGUACAUGCAAGAAGGGGUUCAAAGGCUACAACUGCCAGGUGAAUAUAGACGAGUGUGCCUCAAACCCGUGUCUGAACCAAGGAACCUGCUUUGAUGACAUUAGCGGCUACACUUGCCACUGCAUGUUGCCUUACACAGGCAAGAAUUGUCAAACAGUGUUGGCUCCCUGUUCCCCAAACCCGUGUGAGAAUGCUGCUGUUUGUAAAGAGGCACCCAAUUUUGAGAGCUUCACCUGCUUGUGUGCUCCUGGCUGGCAAGGUCACCGAUGUACAGUUGACAUUGAUGAGUGUGUCUCCAAGCCGUGUAUGAACCAUGGCAUCUGCCAUAAUACUCAGGGCAGCUACAUGUGUGAGUGUCCUCCUGGCUUCAGUGGUAUGGACUGCGAGGAGGACAUCAAUGAUUGCCUCGCCAACCCCUGCCAGAACGGAGGCUCCUGCGUGGACAAAGUGAAUACCUUCUCCUGCCAGUGCCUUCCCGGGUUCAUAGGGGAUAAGUGCCAGACGGACAUGAAUGAGUGUCUGAGUGAGCCCUGUAAGAAUGGGGGCACCUGCUCUGACUAUGUCAAUAGUUACACCUGCACGUGCCCCGCGGGCUUCCAUGGAGUCCACUGUGAAAACAACAUUGACGAGUGCACUGAGAGCUCCUGCUUCAACGGCGGCACGUGUGUUGAUGGAAUCAACUCUUUCUCUUGCUUGUGCCCCAUGGGUUUCACUGGGCCCUUCUGCCUCCAUGACAUCAAUGAGUGCAGCUCUAACCCGUGCCUGAAUGCGGGGACGUGUGUCGAUGGCCUGGGUACCUACCGAUGCAUCUGUCCCUUGGGCUACACCGGGAAAAACUGUCAGACCCUGGUGAACCUCUGCAGCCGGUCUCCAUGUAAAAACAAAGGAACUUGUGUUCAGGAAAAGGCAAGGCCCCACUGCUUGUGUCCACCUGGAUGGGAUGGUGCUUACUGUGAUGUGCUCAAUGUGUCCUGUAAGGCAGCUGCCUUGCAGAAAGGAGUACCUGUUGAACACUUGUGCCAGCACUCAGGCGUCUGUAUCAAUGCUGGCAACACCCAUCACUGCCAGUGCCCCCUGGGUUACACAGGGAGCUACUGUGAGGAGCAGCUUGACGAAUGUGCGUCCAAUCCGUGCCAGCACGGUGCCACCUGCAAUGACUUCAUCGGAGGGUACAGAUGUGAGUGUGUUCCAGGGUAUCAGGGUGUCAACUGUGAGUAUGAAGUGGACGAGUGCCAGAACCAGCCCUGCCAGAACGGAGGCACCUGCAUCGACCUUGUGAACCACUUCAAGUGUUCCUGCCCGCCGGGCACUCGGGGCCUGCUUUGUGAAGAGAACAUUGAUGACUGUGCUGGGGGCCCCCACUGCCUUAAUGGUGGCCAGUGCGUGGACCGGAUUGGAGGCUACAGUUGUCGCUGUUUGCCUGGCUUUGCUGGGGAGCGGUGUGAGGGGGACAUCAAUGAAUGCCUGUCCAACCCUUGCAGCUCGGAGGGCAGCCUAGACUGCAUUCAGCUCAAAAAUAACUACCAGUGUGUCUGCCGCAGUGCCUUCACAGGCCGUCACUGUGAAACCUUCCUAGAUGUGUGUCCCCAGAAACCUUGCCUGAACGGAGGGACUUGUGCUGUGGCUAGCAACAUGCCCGAUGGCUUCAUUUGUCGUUGUCCCCCGGGGUUCUCCGGGGCAAGAUGCCAGAGCAGCUGUGGACAAGUGAAGUGCAGGAGAGGGGAGCAGUGUGUGCACACUGCCUCCGGGCCCCGCUGCUUCUGCCCGAACCCCAAGGACUGCGAGUCAGGCUGUGCCAGUAACCCUUGCCAGCACGGAGGCACCUGCUAUCCUCAGCGCCAACCUCCUUAUUACUCUUGCCGCUGCUCUCCGCCGUUCUGGGGUAGCCACUGUGAGCUCUACACAGCCCCCACCAGCACCCCUCCUACUACCUGUCAGAGUCAGUACUGCGCUGACAAGGCUCGGGACGGCAUCUGUGAUGAGGCCUGCAACAGUCAUGCCUGCCAGUGGGAUGGAGGUGACUGCUCCCUCACUAUGGAGGACCCCUGGGCCAACUGCACCUCCUCACUUCGCUGCUGGGAGUACAUCAACAACCAGUGUGAUGAGCUGUGCAACACUGCUGAGUGCCUGUUUGACAACUUUGAAUGCCAGAGGAAUAGCAAGACCUGCAAGUAUGACAAAUACUGUGCAGACCACUUCAAAGACAAUCACUGUGAUCAGGGAUGCAACAGCGAGGAGUGUGGCUGGGAUGGGCUGGACUGUGCUGCGGACCAGCCUGAAAACCUGGCGGAGGGCACCCUGGUCAUUGUGGUGCUCCUGCCCCCUGAACAGCUGCUGCAGGAUUCUCGAAGCUUCUUGCGGGCCCUGGGCACUCUGCUUCACACCAACUUACGCAUUAAACAAGACUCUCAGGGCGCCCUCAUGGUGUACCCCUACUAUGGGGAGAAGUCUGCUGCCAUGAAGAAGCAGAAUAUGGCACGCAGGUCCCUUCCUGAUGAGCAGGAGCAGGAGAUGAUUGGCUCUAAGGUAUUUCUGGAAAUUGACAACCGACAGUGUGUUCAAGAUUCAGAGCAAUGCUUCAAGAACACCGAUGCUGCAGCUGCUCUCCUGGCCUCUCACGCCAUCCAGGGGACCUUGUCCUACCCUCUGGUGUCUGUCGUCAGUGAACUGGAUGCUCCAGGAAGCGCUCCGCUUCUCUAUCUGCUUGCGGUCGCCGUGGUCAUUAUCCUGUUCAUCAUCCUGCUGGGGGUCAUCAUGGCAAAACGAAAGCGCAAGCAUGGCUUCCUCUGGCUGCCUGAAGGGUUCACCCUUCGCCGAGACUCUAGCAAUCACAAGCGCCGUGAACCUGUGGGACAGGAUGCCGUGGGGCUGAAAAAUCUCUCAGUGCAAGUGUCAGAGGCUAACCUGAUUGGUUCUGGGACAAGUGAACAUUGGGUUGAUGAUGAAGGACCCCAGCCAAAGAAAGCCAAGGCUGAGGAUGAGGCUUUGCUGUCAGAAGACGACCCCAUUGAUCGACGCCCCUGGACACAGCAGCACCUUGAAGCUGCAGACAUCCGCCGGACUCCAUCCCUGGCGCUCACUCCUCCUCAGGCAGAACAGGAGGUGGACGUGCUGGACGUGAAUGUCCGAGGCCCAGAUGGGUGUACUCCACUGAUGCUGGCUUCUCUCCGAGGAGGCAGCUCGGACCUGAGUGAUGAAGAUGAAGAUGCUGAGGACUCUUCUGCCAACAUCAUCACAGACUUGGUCUACCAAGGUGCCAGCCUUCAGGCACAGACAGACCGCACUGGCGAGAUGGCCCUGCACCUUGCAGCCCGCUAUUCGAGAGCUGAUGCUGCCAAACGCCUCCUGGACGCUGGUGCAGAUGCCAAUGCCCAGGACAACAUGGGCCGCUGUCCUCUUCACGCUGCGGUCGCAGCAGAUGCCCAAGGUGUCUUUCAGAUUCUGAUCCGCAACCGAGUGACUGAUCUAGAUGCCAGAAUGAACGACGGCACUACCCCCCUGAUUCUGGCUGCCCGCCUGGCUGUGGAGGGGAUGGUGGCCGAGCUGAUCAAUUGCCAAGCAGAUGUGAAUGCAGUGGACGACCAUGGAAAAUCUGCCCUCCACUGGGCAGCUGCCGUCAAUAAUGUGGAGGCAACUCUCUUGCUGUUGAAGAAUGGGGCCAACCGAGAUAUGCAGGACAAUAAGGAAGAGACACCUUUGUUUCUUGCUGCCCGAGAGGGAAGUUAUGAAGCAGCCAAAAUCCUGUUAGACCAUUUUGCCAACCGGGACAUCACAGACCACAUGGACCGACUUCCCCGGGAUGUGGCUCGGGACCGUAUGCACCAUGACAUUGUUCGCCUCCUGGAUGAGUACAACGUGACUCCCAGCCCUCCGGGGACUGUCCUGACGUCUGCUCUCUCGCCUGUCCUCUGUGGGCCCAACAGGUCUUUCCUCAGUCUGAAGCACACCCCAAUGGGUAAGAAGGCUAGACGGCCCAACACCAAGAGCACCAUGCCCACGAGCCUGCCUAACCUUGCCAAGGAAGCCAAGGAUGUCAAGGGUAAUAGGAGGAAGAAGUGUCUGAACGAGAAGGUCCAGCUGUCUGAGAGCUCAGUGACUUUAUCCCCUGUCGAUUCCCUCGAGUCUCCUCACACAUAUGUGUCUGAUGCUACACCCUCUCCCAUGAUCACAUCCCCUGGAAUCUUACAGGCCUCGCCCACCCCUCUGCUGGCUGCUGCCGCCCCUGCUGCCCCAGUGCAUGCACAGCAUGCACUGUCCUUCUCUAACCUUCAUGAAAUGCAGCCUUUGGCUCCUGGAGCCAGCACCGUGCUCCCCUCAGUCAGCCAGCUGCUAUCCCACCACCACAUUGUCCCCCCAGGUAGUGGCAGUGCAGGAAGCUUGGGCAGGUUACAUCCAGUUCCUGUCCCAGCAGACUGGAUGAACCGUGUGGAGAUGAAUGAGACCCAGUACAAUGAAAUGUUUGGCAUGGUCCUGGCUCCUGCAGAGGGAGCCCACCCUGGCAUAGCAGCUCCCCAGAGCAGACCUCCGGAAGGGAAGCACAUCUCCACCCAGCGGGAGCCCUUGCCUCCCAUUGUGACUUUCCAGCUCAUCCCAAAAGGCAGCAUUGCCCAGGCAGCUGGAGCUCCCCAGACACAGUCCAACUGCCCUCCAGCUGUUGCAGGCCCCUUGCCGCCUUCUAUGUACCAGAUCCCAGAGAUGGCCCGUUUGCCCAGUGUGGCUUUCCCACCUACCAUGAUGCCCCAGCAGGAGGGUCAGGUAGCUCAGACCAUUGUGCCAACCUACCAUCCUUUCCCAGCCUCUGUGGGCAAGUACCCCACACCCCCUUCCCAACACAGUUACGCCUCCUCAAAUGCUGCUGAGCGAACCCCCAGUCAUGGUGGUCACCUCCAGGGUGAGCACCCAUACCUGACACCGUCCCCAGAGUCUCCUGACCAGUGGUCAAGCUCUUCACCACGCUCGGCGUCUGACUGGUCAGAUGUGACCACCAGCCCAACUCCCGGAGGUGGCGGGGGCGGUCAGCGGGGACCUGGAACACACAUGUCCGAGCCACCAAACAGCAACAUGCAGGUUUAUGCAUGAAGAGUCUGCCUCAGUCGUAGAGAUGGAAGUACCUAUCACACAUACUGCUGAGGGACAAGUGAAGGCUAUCUGAAGAGAAAUGAAGAAAGCUCUGUAACCAGCGUCUGGAGGCAGGAGAGAAGAUGCUCCGGACUUCAGACAGGCAUGAGAAGCAUUACUCACUCUUCACUGAGUGUCUGUGCAGUUUUAGGGGAGGAUGCAGCUCCUGCUGACCCUCGCCCAUCCUGCAGGUUCACAGAAAUGCAAGAUAAAUACAAGCCUUGAGACUCCUCGCUCUCUUCUUAUUUGGAGAAUACCAUGGUUGCUUUUAUCACCCAGACCUUCUUGCAGCUUGAAGAGCAUUUUAAGCCCUGGGGGCUUCUGACUGCAUGUGGAGACUGUGCUCUAGAGUCAGACUGAGAAGUGCGCCCUGGGACUCUGUACAGGCUGACUCGUCUGAUCUCCUCAGCCCUGGAAAUGGCCUUGAUGUCACUUGGUGCUUUCCUCUCUGCGCCCGUCUAUGGUUGAUCCUGUCACUGUGUCAUAGGCAAGACUUUUGUGCUCUUAAUCAUUCCUAAAAAAGUUGGAAAACAACUUUAGCCUCCUGUUCCCACAUUCCCAGCACCCAAGGAGGCUCACAGGGUUUAUUCUGGUCAUGGGUCUCAGCCUUGGCCUCUGAAGUAUGCUUCUAUGGCAAGUGCACUCACUGCAGUCUUCAUGUCUCAUUUCUAGAAGGAAAGAGAAAGCAAAGUAUUUGGGGAAUAGAAGCCUCCUUCUGAACCUGCACCUUAAUUUCUCUCCCCUGCAUCUGGGGCCCCAUAUACACUCAUGGGGGAAGGAUAUGAGCUGUUGUUCUGUUGUCCUAGUCAAUAUGCAAUUGUACUCUAGGAGGCUUAGGUACUGUGAUAUUCCUCUCAUUUUGUUGUAAAGUAGGAAAAGUGGGUGCAUGUUGGACUGUCCAAGAAAUAAGCUAAUUUGUUCAAGAAGCAAUCACCCACCUACAGGCCCUCCAUUGACUGCUACUGUGAAGCACAUUUACCCCCAAUCUUAGGACUCAUUGAUCCAGCACAUGAAGGUACUCUUGGCUGCCGCACUGCUCCUCAUAGAUGGCAGCAGAAGAAAAUGACUCUCCAUUUAUUUUACCCUUGCCAUUUAGGACAGAACUUGCCUAGGGCACAGGGGACCCAGUGACUGCCAACUUCCUUAGAACCACUUUCCUUUCCGAUCAGAAGCCAGUUUAUCAGUUUCUCUCCACACUGUGUGAUCUGGGUGAUUGAUGCACACAGUAGGUUCGCAGUGAAGACGUGGAGUCUGUGUUUGGGUUCCAGACGUGGAGAAUGGACAGUCUCCUGAGCACACUCCUUCCCUAGAGUUCUCUUCAGAUGAUGAUGGUUCCUCAUUGUCCUUGUGUUCAGAUUAAGAUUGUACCUCAUCCAGACCUGCUUCCUGUAUUGUGGUCUCAGUGACUUCUCAGACUCUCAAGAGCAGAAACAGUUUUUUGUCUGUUGUAAAUCUAGGAUGAUAGUUUUCUCCAUCUUCCCCUCAGUCAGCUAAUAAUUGGCCUUAUGGCCAUGCCAUCAAUCACUGCUUCCUGGUGCCAUGAUGCCCAUGACACAGGAAACUGAGUUCUCCUGGAGCAUUUAUGUAUAUUAUUAGCUGGAUCACCUGGGGGGAGCAUUUAUUUGUUGUUUUAGGGGUUUUGUUGUUGUUUUAAUAAUAGUCUUUAUCCCUGCGUAUCUAUUACCAUGGCAGUCUAUAAACAAAUGAGGAUUUUAGUCCCAUCUAAGUUCAUUGAAUCAAGAAAAAUAAUUUGUUCUGUCCUGGUCUAUGGCAGAUUAAGGUUGGUCAUUUGACUUUAUUCUCAUGUGGUAACAUCAUCUUACCAGUCCCUUUCAUGGAAUAUAGAUAUUUUAUUGCCCUAAAUAUUGACUGUCUCCCCAUGUACCCAUCAGUUAGUCCCAGAUAAAGAGAACCUGUGUGUGUGAACCUCUUCUGCCCUAAAGCUCUAGUGCCACUGCCUGCAAACAACAGCCACGGAUCCAGCCACUGGGUCUGUGGUCACUGUUCCUUCCCAGACACAAAGAAGAACAAACUUGCUGUGUCUCCUUCAAGGAUCCCUGAAAGAGCAUCCUUUGGGUUUGGGAGGAGGGAUGUGAAAACUGCCAUUACAGAAAACAGGUUACAGAGAUGAAGAAGACAACACUGCCAGUCAAACAUCUGAUCGGCCCCUUAGAUGUUAGAAUUCUUGACUGUGUAGUGUCUAGGAAAGGGAAGAGGGAAGGGUAAUCCCUUCCUCCUGGGAUCUGAAUCAGAGGCUAAGGUUGUAUGGGGCACACCCUUUAUUUUCUACACAGAUCCCAGAUCCCUGUUUUGGACUUUUUAUUCCUAUGAGUUCAUCCUUUGACUCCCAUCUGCCUUUGAGGAUUUUUUUUUAAUUUGUUCUUUUUUGUUUUAAGCAUCAUUUUCUGACUUAUGCAUUGGUGGGGGGAUUGAAGGAAAGAAAGGCUGAGUUAAAGAUUUUAGUGAAAGCCAUCAGCACGAGUUGGUUACAUUGUUAUAUUGGCCACUUGAAAUCUUGCAUAGAAAAGAACCAAAGGUGUAACGUUCUGUUCGAGUGUGAUUUCAGGACCUGAAAUUUAACCAAUGUGUUGAAUGUACAAGAACUGUUUGAAAGGACACGUGUCUAUGUCCUGAGGCCCCCACCCUUAACUGUUUUGGUACUAUGGCAACUUCCUUGUGUACAUUUCCCUGAAAAGUGACAUUGUAUCUGUUUGUAUGAGAAACUCAGUAACCAGAAAAUGACCGCGUGUUCCUGACUAAAUACAGGAAGGAAUAUGCACAAUGUUUUUACUUUUUAAAGUUUCAUUCUAAAAGUAGUUUAAGAUGAAAUUUAUAUGAAAACAUUUUUAUCACAAAAUAAAAAAGAUUUCAUGUCAAA